AUUUCAGGUGAUUUUAGUGAUUGUGUUUAUAGUGUUUUAAAAUUGGAAUGCCAUUUUGUGUUUUGACGGGAUAGAGAUCGAGGAGGUUAUGCAGAAGAAGGCGCCAGGGGUGCCUAGCAGUUCCACAAACCAACUUCCUCAACCAACUGCCAGUUCCCAAGUGACGAGGAAAGGGUUUUCGGCGAAUUUCUUCAGGACUACAUUCAGCUCUCGCGUGAAGGCGGUACCGACCGCUUCUUCAACUACUCUCCAAGAAACCAUCAAAAUAGGCAGCGCGGAGACCAAACCUAUAACUAGAAAUAGACCAAGGACAGUACCCCCGCCGGAACAAUCAACACUAAAAAGGAGUACAUUUCGUACUAAGACAGCUUCUAAGCGACUUGAAAAGCCUAGUGAUCCGGAGCGGCCAUUGGUCCGAGGGCACCUGACUCCCGAUCCUGGGGGAUCCGAGAAACAGGACUUGAAAAGUCCCAAUGUAGUCCUGCAAAUAGUCAGACAAUCGAGCAAACCGCUAGCGGCAAAACCACCUCAAAAGAUAGAAAAAAGUGACAGCAUUUUACCGCCAUCUUUAAAACAUCGAGCUCCGGAAAAACCUAAAUCAAAAAUCAAAACUAUCAACAACAAUAAUGUCUGGACUAAUGCAAACGAUACUAAAAUUGUUGGAAAGAAACUGCUGGUGCAUUCCUUAAGAGGACCAAGCCAGGGGAAGCAAGAACCUGCACUGAAAGGCGCUCCUUCCGUUUCAAGUCUCGAUUCAAAGCAUCAUAAGGUUGCGCCAACGAGGGACAAGACUUUAAAGAUCUUUGGGUCGAAAGAGAAGCUUCAUAAAGCGCAUAAGAAGAAUUUAGGGAACAAUAAUGCUGUAGUGGAAGAAGGGGAGGGGGAAUUUGAAGAUGCGCGGGGGUCGUAUGACAGUGCUGAGGAGCUGUCGCGGGGGUCGCAGGAGUGCGUGAGCUUGCCGGUGAUGCUGAAUGCGGAGAUGCCCGGCUUCCAGGAGGUGGAGCUGCGACCGAGAUUGCCGUCUGAGGCAUCACUUGCGUCAGGUGCCCGAGAACUGGAAACGCUUCGUCGGGAACUGGAAGCAUGCGUCAUGGAACGCGCUCAACUUCAGGCAAGGGUCGAGGAGUUGGUCGAAAGAUGCAGCGAGACAGAACGGCUACGCUCCCAGCUGGAAAGACUCAAGAUGGCAGAAGCGGAGCGAGAAGCGGCGAUGGAGCGUUUAGCGGACGAGAACGGAGCGUUGCGUGCGCGGCUGCGCGGCGUGGCGCACUCGCCGCUGUCAGACAGCGAGAAGAGGCAGCUGCUGUUAGCGCCGGCUCCCAGGAGGAUGCACUCAUCGGCGCCUGCAUCUAUCGCUCUCGCACACAACGGCGAGGGCGACAGCGGGGACGCGAGCACCCCCGAAUGGGACAAACAUUCUUCUUCAUCGCUCAGUGAGGUGUCGGUCGCCUGCCUUCAGGAUCGCAUAUUGCAGAUGGAAGAGCACCACUAUAGUACAAGCGAAGAGCUCCAAGCGACACUAGCAGAACUAGCCGACUUACAAACACAGUUGGCCGACGCACACGCCGACAACGAGCGGCUGGCCGACGAGAAGCAAGUGCUGCUCGAGUCGCUGUGUCGGCAGACCGAGAAGUUGGAGGACAGUCGCACUAAGGUGGACACUCUUCAGGAAAUGCUGCUUCGCGAAGGCGUGGAACCUGAGGCACUGGUUUCUGGAGACACCGACCAGCAACUGCUGGCAGUUCUCAAGGUGUCCCAGGAAGAGCGUAGACUGCUAAUAACCAAACAAGAGCAGCUGGAAGCAGAGUUAUCCGAGACCAAGACGUCCCUGGACGAGAAAGCCAAAGAAAACGAAUCGCUCGCUGAGAGAGUCAGAACGUUAGAAAGCACAGUAGAACGUUGCGAGGCGGAGCGACUACAGUGGGAGCACGAGGCGGGCGCGGCGCGCGAGCUGGCCGGCGCGAGGCAGGUACAGCUCACGUCGCUCGGGGAACUGCUGGAGCAGGCUAAAGCUAAGUUGGCGGAGCGCGCCGGCGCGGCGGAGGGCUGCGCGGAGGCGGAGGCGGCGGCGGCGGCGGCGCGGCGCGAGGCCGACGCGGCCGCGGCGCGCGCGCACACGCUGCACGAGCGCCUCGCGCACGCGCAGCGGCAACUGGAUCGUGCGCACAGCGACGCUAGGAAACUGCACGACGACGCGCUAGUUUCCCGCAAUAACGCCAAGUCGACGAUCUCAGAGCUGGAAUUCCAGCUAGAACAGCUACGGCAAGAAAAAGCGGCGCUUCAAGCCGAGCUGCAGACUGCUCAGGACGCCACCGCUGAAUUACAAAUACAGGUCCAAGUAGCGAGCGAAGAGAAACUAGCGUUAAUGAGCAGAGCGGGUGAAGCGUUGGCGCAUGCGGCCGAAGCGGAGAGGCAGCUCACGGACGCCCGGGCACGGAACGCGCAGCUCGCGAGGGAAAGGGAGAGAGACGAAGCCGAGUGGAAGCAGUUCCAAUCCGACCUGCUGAUGACGGUGCGCGUGGCCAACGACUUCAAGACGGAGGCGCAGCGCGAGCUGGAGCGGCUCGUGUCCGACAACAAGGCCGCCCGGGACCGGAUACGGGCGCUCGAGGACCAGAUACAUUCGCUCAAAGGUGUUAACAGAUCAGUCUCGAUGGAUAGCGUCAUCUACUCAGAUGACGACAAAUCUAGCGAGUUCAGAGACUCCCAAAGCGAUAUAUCUAACAAAGACAUAUUCAGUAAUAUCAGAACGAGGUAUCUAUCCAGAGUACAUAGCGUGUCUGACUCUAGUUUGAAAGAUACGAGCAUAGUCAAUCAGGCGUUCUAUAAAUCCAGUGUUCCCGAGGCAAAGAAUGAAGGAAUCAAAAUUGAAAUUGACAAUGUUACGACGGAUGAAACAAAUGAUGAAGAUAAAGGUUAUUUAGACGAACACGACACUUUUAAAAAUGCUGAAGAUAUAAAAGAUAGUAAGCUAAAGAGGCAAGAUGCUGUUGAUGCAGCUGUGGAUAAAAUUAAGAGGCAAGACGCUAUGGAUAUUGCUGCUGAACAGAUAAAAAGGCAAGAUGCAUUUAAUAAUGCAGAUGAGCCAGAAAUAUUUGUAGAAUGUAUAGUUCCUAUUGUUGCUAAUGAUAAUCCCAAAGAUAAGACCAAAUCUGAAUCCUUUGAAGUUAAACCUAGAGAUGGUACUAUGUUUAGUACAAACCUAAAAGGCGUUUAUAAUGGUAAACCAAAAGCUUACAGUCUAGAUAAUCUGCAUAAUCAUGGUGAAUUUAGAACAUCAUUAAAUGAGGCUACUAGUAUAGAGUUUUUAGGUGCUAAUAAUUAUAGUGAGACGUCACUAUUUACUGAAGGCUCUGAUAGCGUGUUCCUUUCACCUCUUGAGAAAAACAAUACAUUUGUAAGUGAUCACGUAGACCAAACACCGGAACCUAAAACAUGUAACGUCUUAGAUAAAACAGUAUAUAAGGAAAGUAACAAUAAUAUACCAGUCGUCAAAGCAGCAUCUAUUCUUCCUUUCCCAUAUCCUAAUGAUAUAAAAACAUCUCCAACUAAUCCGUUUGUACCAUUUAUUCAAGACGUUAUCCCUAAAGUUACUGAAGUUAAAGAAAAGAAUAUCGCUAACAAAUCAGAUUCCAUUUCAGACCCAAAAAUAGUUCCUGAAGACCCUGUUGCAAAAGAGUUUAAGAAAGCUAAUGAUGACCUUAAAUUGACAUUUCGCUCGGCGAUUGAACGAAUUAUUAAAAAUGGUAGAACAGCGAAAAGGCCUUCGAAGGAUAUAGACACAGAUAAACAUGUACAAAUUAUUGCCGCUGUAAGUAAGAAUACAGGAAAAGCAGAUAAUCAGAGGUGUGACUCUCCUGAAAUAGUUAAAAUUGAGUUAAACAACAAUACGCAUGAAAAGGAAAGGGAUUUAGAUAUGAUACAUUCAAAUGUGCCAAAAACAUCUAAACUUGUAGAAACAAAAUGUUCUAAACAUAAAAACCCAUUUAUAGAAGUUACAAAUGAGCCAGCCCCAAAUAAUUCUGAGCUCGGAGCAACAGUUGAUGAUAAUAUUAGUUACCAUUUAAAAAUAAACACUCUUAGUGAUACUUCUUUUGAAAAAGCUCCAGAUGCUACUGUCGCUUGUAAAAGUAAUCCUACUUUUGAAAAUAAGCAUCAAAGAAUAAAAGGCUUCUUAACUCCAAUAAAAAUCGUCGAUGGUAAUAUUAGUUUGCAAAGCAGUAAUGCGUCAUCCCCAAUCGUAAUAAGUCCAGUCUUAAUACAACCAAUCUUCUUUAGACCAAAUGUCACGCCUGUAGAAGUUAAACAAGAAAGCAAAAAAGCAACAGUUUAUUUCGAUGAUACAGACCAAGUUCGGGCUAAUGAGGAAAAGGCUCCUAAAGGUCCAUUAAAGGGCGAUGACAGUCAAAAGAAAAAGGGACUAUAUCAAAAGAAUUCAAAGUCAAAAUUGCCUUUUCUGUCUUGGAAAACGUUUGGAUCUAAUGAAAGCAUAUCAGACUCUAAAUUAUCCCCGACCAAAGUCAAACCUUCUGAAGUUAAAAGCGUCGCUAAGUUGCCUAUAAAGCCAAAUUUUCUUAUUGACAAUAAAUAUUAUCAGCCAGUACAGAAUGUUCCUUUUCGCAUCAAUACUUCUCAGUCUCUGGCUUCAACUAGAGUAGAUCCUAAGAGAACAGAGAAUACUAAUCCAUUUUUACCACUGUCACAUCGAAGACAGUCGUCGGAACUGUCAACAGAAAACUAUUACGAGGAAAUAGGAGAACCAACCAUACCAAUUAUUGUCGAAAAUAACGUUGCUGACGAUGACAAAAUUAACAAAAAUCUUGCCAAAACCGAGCUAGCUAACAUCCCAAGAGAAGACAUAUUAGUUGUACCAAGAAGACCUAAAAGACCUAAGAAAGAGAAGCGUGUCAAUCCAAAAAUAAUACUUACACAAGAAAACGAAGAACCUACUGAUAUUCGUAAGGAGAUGGCUCAAAUAACCAAAUCCGUAAUAUCACUAUCCAGGUCACCAAGUGCAAAAGAAUUGACUAAAAAGCCUAUGAGUCCUAUAAGUGAAAUUGUUCAUAAUCUAGAAAAAGCCCCAGCGUCUGACGCUCCUAGAAAACUGUCUUUACAAGGUCAGAAAGCGCCUACAAUUGAGCCUAACUUCGGUUCUUUGCCUCGCGAAAAAAAGACGUACCACUGGAAGACACUGGAGCACAAAAGACUCUCGCACCCGAUCAGGUCUCUGAAUGACCCGCUGCCGGCGCGACCGCUACCGAUGCCGCCCAGAACAGAGGAGCCUCCGCCUCCCCCGCCGCUGCUGACCAGCGCUUCGCUGCAAGACAUCAUGGCGACUGCCGCCUCACAUCGACGGACCAAGGGCGUGUCUCGCCAAGACUCCCGGCUUUCGGUGAAAUCACUCAUCGAGAGUAUAGAGAACGCGGCUAAAGCCGCCAAGCAGUCGCCAGCCACAACCCCCGUUACGGAGUGGCCUACGGUCCCCCCGCCACCAGCAGCAGCCCCUACCGCCCCGGUGAAGAACGGGCUCGCGGAGCCGGCGCCGCCCGGCAACGGCCUCAACUACGCCAAGCCCCCCGCGCCGCGCGCCGCCCGCGUCUCGCCCGUCUCUACCGAGGGCGCGGCGAGCGCCAACAUCCCGGACGAGCAGCGCGCGCUCUCGCUGCAGCAGAAGGCCAUCGAGAGCUUCGUGCGCCGCAACAGCUACGGGGACAUAUGUGAACGAAAGGACCCGCUCAACGCGCUACAAGUGAAGAACGGCGGUUCCAAGAGGAACGCGCUUCUCAAGUGGUGCCAACAGAAGACGGCCGGAUAUAGUAACAUCGACAUCACUAAUUUCAGUUCAUCGUGGAAUGACGGCAUGGCGUUAUGUGCCUUGCUACAUUCCUACCUCGGCGAAGCGCGCAUCCCUUACGCGGCGUUAUCACCGCACGACCAGCGCACCAACUUCAGCGUGGCCUGUGCGGCCGCUGAGGCCGUCGGUAUACCGACCACGCUGAAUAUACAAGACAUGAUCCAGCAGGAGCGACCCGACUGGCAGCAGGUAAUGGCUUACGUGACCAGCAUCUACAAACACUUCGAAACGUAACUUAACACCUUAUUCCUUACACUCUAGAAUUCAUAAUCAUUCAACACACUACGCGCAGUUGUGACUUUUAGACACGUACAUAAUUACGAGUAGAGUUAGACCAAGAUAAGUCUGCAGCGAUUUUGAUAGCCCAGACUAUGCAAGUGUUAUUUUAAACGUCACACUUCUAUGAAAUUAUGACGUAUAAGGUCACAUCACAGUCUGUCCUGUCAAAAUAGUUGCAGAGUUAUCCUGGUUAACUCUAUCUUAUAUGUACAGAAACUUCGAAAUGCAACUUUAUACCAUAAGACUAUUGAUUUGGAGCUUAUAUCCGGUCGCAUCAUCACCAUUUUAGGUGUCAUGAAAAAAAUACUAGGUCUUGUCAGAGGUAAACCAGUCUUAUACUGGAUAUAACUCUGUAGUAAAAAUGUUUAGAUUAGUGUAUUGUUACAUAUAGGCACGUGUGACAAUUUAAAUGAAAACAGUUUUGAAAUGGUAAGUAAAGUUACAUGAUUUUUGCCUAGAAGCAUUCAAUUUAUUUUGGUUAUUAUUCGCAAUGGAAUCUCAAAAACGCGGUGGUUUUAAAAAAAUUACGCAAUUACAGAAAUUCUGUAAAUAAAAUACUACGAUUGAAAUAGUAUAUGAAUUCAUUAAUUUAUACAUUCAGUAUUUGAAUGUUGAAUCAUUUUAUUCGAUUACGUACGAAUUCCGCGAUGAUAUCAAUAUUUUUCUAAAUUAGUUUCUGAAGUAACUUCACAUGCCAUUUUAAAACGAACUUUUGUGAAAUAAAAAGUGCUGUGAGAAGGUUGUAUUGACAUUCCUACACUACGAAGUUAUCCUCCUAAGGCCCAGCCAUACAAAUGAAAAAUGCAAAAUUUGCCACAGAAAUUUGAACCAUUAGUGUAGGAAAUAGAGUUAAUUUUGCGUUGUUUAAAAGCUGAACGAAACAAAGCAAAAGCAACUCUGUAGCAAUCGAAUAUGAUUUAAAUUUCAUUGAACUGAAUAAGUGCUAUAGGUAGGACCUUGGGCCUUAGGAGGGUAUGUACGGUUCCCACCGACCGGGCUGGAGUCUGGCUGCGCCGGAGCGCCUAUUCAAUGUGCCUAUGCAUUAUGUAUGGCAGAAGCGAUGGGAUCCGACCGGAGCCGUCCGCCCGCAGGCAGCCGACCGGCGCCCGUUCGGUGGGAUACAUUAGUGUGAUAUGCAGCAGUUGCCGAGUGGCUUCUUAUUGCCUUACUUAUAAUGAAACUGAGAAGAGUAAUUGUUGAUGUCACCUUGCGAACCUCACUGUCCGUUGAAAAGGACGAAAUUUCUAACUUCGUAUAACUUUUUCAUGUCAUACUAUUUUGAAUCCGUCGCGGUUAUCUCGCAAACGGGGUUCCGCCGGCAGUUGCGGUGUGUGAGCAAUACAGCAAUAUGUAUGUUUGUACGUAUAUAAACUUAUAUAAUACAUAUAAGUAUGUAUGUAGCUCUGCACGCAACCGAAGCGGCGUUUGGGGUCCGCAUUCAAUGGCAAAUCUUAUUUCUUACAAUUUCUAUAUACAUAUGUUAGUACUCUAAUUCCUUGAUUGUAGCGACACUAAACUGGAGAGAUGAUAUCAACAAUUGUAAAUACUCUAAAUGGCCUUGAAAGCGUGAUAUUGAGAAGAAGUGAGGAAUUAUUGUGAAUUGUGACGUCCGUCUUUCCAUGCUAGAAGACUGAUUGGUUAACUAAGAUUAGAACGAGGUUAGACUAUCUAGGAGUAUGGGUUUUGUGAUUAGAUUAUUAGCAAACAUCGGAGAGAUUUCGCUGUAAUAUUGUCUUUGACAUGUAAGAGCGUUUUUACAUUGUCUGAUCCGAUAUCGGAUGUCGACUACGACCGUAAAGUAAAAUGUAAAAAAGUGCCUUUCGGGUCGGACAGUGUAGAUAGGACGUAAUUUUUGAGUAAAGUUUUUUUUUAAUAAAUGAAAAACUGUAUAUUAAUCUUUUAAACACAUUUUUGCUCAUAAUCUGUUCUACAAAACCAUUUACUGGAAUUCAAGUAGAAUUGAUAUUGGAUUGAUGGCCUUAAGAUUGCAUUUAGUAUAUUUUUCCACUAUUAUAGUAAUGUAUCUUAGUAGGUAAUAUUCCAAUAUAUUAUAUAUUUAGCUAUAAUCCGGCUAAUUCCAUGUAUCGAUUAUGUAUCAAAGAUAAUUAAUUGUAAAGGAGGACAAUCUUAAGAAAAAUCCGUGCAAUAAAUUUGACAGCUGAAGUAGAUGGCGCUGCACGGCUCCGUACAUUAACACAUUCACUGCCCCCAACGCACAUGUGCGUCCACCGUCAUACAAGUUUGUUCCUAGGCCACGCCCCCUGGCAGUGAAUGCGUUAAACGGUAAAUCUGUCAAAAGUUGACCUUUUUUUGACAUUUAGCUACGUUACCACAAAACAUGGCGAUGCGAAGUGUCAUCUAGUUAAGCUGUCAAAAUCAGUGCCGUGAUUUUUUUCUUAGACUAUACUAUACGACGCUGACUUUACAAAUGUACAGUCAGCGUCGUAUAGUAGGUAGCAUCCAAAGUAUUCAUAUAGUUCGGUACGCCGUACAAAUUAUAUGGUGUACCGAAUUAUUUGAAUAUUUUUGGAUGCUACCUACUUUACGACGCUGACUGUACUCCCUUUCUACUAUCAAAAAAUCUUUGCUUUGUAUGUGAGUAUAUAAUAUAAUCAUCUUUGUUGUCAAUGCUAUCAUUUUGUUAUUUCAUCAUUCAAAAUCUAAAAAUCAACCUGGGCUUACCUAACCUAAAAUAUUUUUUUAGUCUUCAACAUCCUAUUUUUUUUGACGAAACAAAAUGAUAGCGUUGAUACAUAUUCCUUAAUAUUUUCUAAGAUAUUGCUAGUAAAGAUAAAGUCAUAUUUUGCCUAUGCUUUACGCCAAUAUACAUAUGUAGGUAUUUUUAUAAUCGCUUCACCAUUGUACAUGUAUUUUUCUAUUACUCUUAGAUAUACGUAAGUUUAUUAUGUCUUUCAUUAUUGUGUAUUCGUAUUUUGUAUCUGUAUCUUGUUAUGAAAUAUCUAACCUAUAAAUUAUACCUUAAGUCGCGAAUUACGGUUGAAUUUCGCAUACUGCGUGCGUACAUAAGUUAAUGACACAGCUAGAACCUAAUAUAGACCUUAAAUAUAUCUUCCACAGAGUUUAUUCAUAACUCAUCUUUAAUAUCCGUGUUCGUGUACAAAAUACGGUUAAUUUAUAAAAUUGGACUUGACCAAUCACAGAUGAGUUUUUAUCGAACAUAAAAUGCUGUGAUUUGAUUGGUUGAAAUGGAUUCUUUUAGAAUUAUUUUAAAAUUAAUUUAGCAAGUACGAGUGAAUGUUUUUAUUAUUAUGAAGUUUUAUUGAAUGCGCAUGACUGGAUUGAUUUUGCCGAUUGUAUUUUAUUGUGAACGUGAUAUUUUUAAGAAUUGAACAUCAACGGGCGAUUUUUACAAGUUCGAACCUUAAUUUCAAUUGCACGUCUAAAAUGCAAAUAUAUAUACAUACCUUGUGAAAUAAGUGUAUGUUCUCUAUUAACGGAAUAUUUCUUAACCCUUUAUAAGGCAUAAGGGUGUCAAGAAUUAUGCAAAAUUGAACCCUAUCACUUUGAAAUAAAGUUCAAAAUCAGGUGGGAAAUAUAUUUCUUCUGUCUUAUAAAGGCUUAAAAUUGUUAGCAAUCAUUAUUUUGCGAAAAUACUUAAUAUUUGUCGUCAUCAAAACAGUUCAAUAGCUUGAAGAAAGCUUAUUAUUAAUUCUAGAAAAUAUUACCUAUUUUUGAAGUUUUUCGGUAAUUGGGAAAACUUAAGAUUUAGUUCGAUCUCUGUUGAAAAUAUGAACAAUCUUCCUGUAAGAAGAUAAUUUAAUUAUUAUGAGGGUAAUAUUACUUGGUUACCUUUGUUUGUUGAAUGUAUUCAGAACUAUUAAUUAUCUAUUUUGAUAUGAUUGUACCUGUGUAAAUAUAGCCUAAUUAAAGUUCCUUAUUUAUAAA